AUGACGGCCAUGCUGUCGCUCCCCCGAGACGCCGCGCCCUUCCAACGCUCGCCCUCGUCGUCGUCGCUCGCCUACGACGCCUACUCGCCGCUCCGCAAGAACCAGUACUCGCUGCCCGACCUGCGCUCGCCCUCGCUGAGCUCCUCGCGCACCUCCUCGCUCUACUCGACGCCCUGCAGCAGCCUGUCGCUCGACAUAAAGUCGGACGACUCGGGCAGCGACGACGAUGGCCUGUCGUUUCCCAACUACAGCUCGGCUCGCCAGCACGACAAGAGCACGCUGUCGACCGAUGCAGCCUCAUCAAAACCCACGAGUGCUUCGAUGCACUCCCCGGCGCCACCCUCACCUUCGCCCACGGAGGGCUUUUCGCCCGACUCACCGCUAACCACGCCGGACCCUAUGCCAAUGUCCGAGGAUGACACGGCCGUGCGCAAGGAGCCCUCACACCAUGUCGACUACCUCUCGUACGAGUGGCGGGAAGAAGACAUUUGGUCGUCGUGGCGGCACAUUGUCGAGCACCGCAACGUCUACGGCGAGCGCUCUAGACUGGAAAAUGCCUCGUGGCGAACGUGGGCCAAGGCCCAGUUUAAGCUAAAGACGGUGUCGCCCGAAACACUGAAUUGGCUCAAGGACGUCGACGUGACAUGGCUCUACGGCCCACUGCAGCCCGCGUCCAACCGCUUCUUCUCACAGCAAAAUUCAGAGCCGCAAAGCCGCCUGUCCAAGACGAAUUCGUUUGUCAAUGGCGUCAAGAAGCCGAUUCUCAAGAAGCGGAGCAUGUCCGAGGCCAUGCUGCAAAAGUCAAUUUCGUCGUCGUCGUUGGUCCAGCAAGCGGCCGAGUCGGUGCAGGCCCAGCGAACAACCGGUGUGACGCUGGACCUGCGGAGACCCCGACCAAUCAUCGGCCGAGUCACUCCCGACUUCCCCACAUCAUCCACCCUGUCCCGAGGCCACUUUUCAGAAGGAACCGACUACUUUUCUUCAAAGUCCACCUCGGAGCUGCACACGCCGGAUCACGGAGAAAAGCGCCACAUCCGAUUCGACGACAAGGUAGAGCAGUGCAUUGCCGUCGAGUGCAAAGACGCCGACGAUGAAGAGGACGACUGCAACCACAAUCCCUGGGCAAAGUACCAGGACAAUGAUUCUUCGUCGGACGAAGGCGUCGUCAUGAUGAAGCGAUCACGUAGAAAGAAGCCGUUGUCGCGCACCGCGUCGACAGCCAGCAUCAGCGGUGACAACAAGACCAUUGCCAAGCUACCAUCGACCACGCUCAAGUAUCGCACCGACUCACCAGAUGUCCCUGAGACGCAGCAAUCACAUUCGCUUGGAUUCUGGAAGCCGCGUGGGCUGUCUCCAUCGCCAUCUUCAGAAACACUGAAGCCUUCGAAUCCCUCACGCAACUUUCUGCUUGCCGAGGAUGACGAAGAGGGCGAAGAGUAUUUUGAUCCUGCCAGUGCAUACGGCACAAACCGAUCAAGUACAUCAACAGGCUCUGAGCCUUACUCAUUUCGACGCAGCGAAUCAUCAGCAUCGUUGCAAAGUAGCCAACUUCGAAGGACGCCAUCGGGCAUGUUUAUGCCGUUUGGAGACGAAGAGGAAGAGCCGUUGCCACCCUCCUUGCUAGGCAGGGUGGUUGACACAGUAAAUACUGCACGAGACAUAGGUCAUGUUAUAUGGAAUGCGGCAUGGAGUAACUAG